AUCAUGAUCGUUCGGUUACAUGCUAUGUACCAGCGAUCCAGAAGGAUGCUUAUAUUUCUCAUCGUCAUCCUUGUGGCCAUCACAAUCGCCAACGGAGUGAUGGGCAUAAUAUCGACGAUGCAGAUUUCAGGGGAGGAAUUCGUUCUCUCCGGCACCUAUCAGUGCAUCAUUGGCUAUGCGGGAGAUUCCCUAUUUUCUGCAGUCCAUGACUUGGAUCCCUGGCACUGUAUGGGAGGUCCUUGCACUGUGUCUCGCGGUCUGGAUUGCUGUAAAGCGCUUCCGUGAACUGCGACGGCACUCGACAAGUGGUAUCAUUGAGGACUGUUUCAAGGUGUUAGUGAAAACUCACGUGAGGUAUUUUGUGAGUUUUUUGGCUAUCUCUUGCUUCCCGAUCGGUUUGUUCUCUCCGACGGUCUCAGCGGACAUGUAUUCCCUGCACACUCAGAUUUAUCUUGGUCUCGCUGAGAUAUUCCAGGUCGUGCAGAUGUUUGUGCUGGGACCACGCCUCAUCCUCGGUAUUCGAGAAUAUCACGCUGAGCUGAUGGCCAACUCUGAUGCAGCAACUGCUAUGACUUCAAUUGCUUUUCAGGAGUACGUUCAUGUAUCAACCAGCAAUUAGUGUGUAGCGCAGGAGAUACUCGAUAUGAUUGAUUUGCAAUAGGUGCGGGGAGCGAGAGAAUUUGUUUUUAUU